AUGUCCAGACCAACAGCAGCCCGCAUCAUGGCUAAUUUGGCAUUAACUCCACAAAACGCUAAAGAGGCACAAAUUUUUCGAUGGCUGGAACGCUAUCUCAAAGGAUCUAGCCACCAAAUGCUUGCCAAACUUCUCCGCUUCUCUACAGCUUCGGAUGUGUUACUUCCUGAUCACAGCAUUGCAGUGCAUACAGAAGUCAUGGCUCCCGUGGCGAUUUGCCCCAAAGCAUACACCUGCUUCCGCAGAUUAAUUCUGCCCAGAAACUUCCAAUCAUAUUCACAAAUGCGAAACAACUUGGACCUUUAUCUUCGAGAUUGUAACAUCUGGGACCUGAAUGAUUAG